AUGGAGCUGCUGAAGCCAAACCGGAGCGUGCUGGGAUCCGGACCCGGGCCGGGGGCUUCCCUGUGCCGCCCGGGGGGCCCCCUCCUCAACAGCAGCGGCACCGGCAACCUCAGCUGUGAGCCCCCACGCAUCCGCGGAGCCGGGACACGAGAAUUGGAGCUGGCCAUUAGGGUCACCCUCUACGCUGUCAUCUUUCUGAUGAGUGUUGGAGGAAAUGUGCUCAUCAUCGUGGUCCUGGGGCUGAGCCGCCGUCUGAGGACCGUCACCAAUGCCUUUCUGCUCUCACUGGCAGUCAGCGACCUCCUGCUGGCUGUGGCUUGCAUGCCCUUCACCCUGCUGCCCAAUCUCAUGGGCACAUUUAUCUUCGGCACAGUCGUCUGCAAGGCGGUUUCCUACUUCAUGGGGGUGUCUGUGAGCGUGUCCACGCUAAGCCUCGUGGCCAUCGCCCUGGAGCGGUACAGCGCCAUCUGCCGACCACUGCAGGCGCGCGUGUGGCAGACGCGCUCCCACGCGGCUCGUGUAAUCGUAGCCACGUGGAUGCUGUCCGGACUGCUCAUGGUGCCCUAUCCAGUGUACACUGCCGUGCAGCCAGCAGGGCCUCGUGUCUUGCAAUGCAUGCACCGGUGGCCCAGUGCGCGGGUCCGCCAAACCUGGUCGGUACUGCUGCUCCUGCUCUUGUUUUUCGUGCCUGGGGUGGUUAUGGCGGUGGCCUACGGGCUUAUCUCCCGUGAGCUCUACUUAGGGCUUCGCUUUGACGGUGACAGUGACAGCGAGAGCCAGAGCCGGGUCGGAAGUCAGGGAGGGCUGCCCGGUGGCACCGGACAAGGUCCCGCCCAGGCGAACGGACGUUGCCGGUCUGAGACCCGACUGGCGGGUGAGGACGGCGACGGCUGUUAUGUGCAGCUUCCGCGCUCCCGGCCUGCACUGGAGAUGUCUGCGCUGACCGCGCCCACACCUGGCCCAGGAUCCGGCACCCGGCCUGCCCAGGCCAAGCUGCUGGCUAAGAAGCGCGUGGUGCGGAUGUUACUGGUGAUCGUUGUGCUUUUUUUCCUGUGUUGGUUGCCGGUGUACAGCGCCAACACGUGGCGCGCCUUCGACGGCCCCGGCGCACAUCGUGCACUUUCGGGUGCGCCCAUCUCCUUCAUCCACUUGCUAAGCUACGCCUCUGCCUGUGUCAACCCCCUGGUCUACUGCUUCAUGCACCGUCGCUUUCGCCAGGCCUGCCUUGACACCUGCACCCGCUGCUGUCCUCGGCCUCCGCGGGCUCGCCCCAGACCUCUGCCGGACGAGGACCCUCCCACCCCGUCCAUCGCCUCACUAUCCAGGCUGAGCUAUACCACCAUCAGCACGCUGGGGCCUGGCUGA